AUGCAGAGAGAGAGAGAGAGAGAGAGAUGGGCGGGGGUGGGGGAGGAGAGGUUCUGUUUGAGACGAGAAGGGGAGGAAUAGUGGGGAUGGGUUAUAAGAUGAUUGGGAGUAGUGUGUUUGUGGGGAUCUGUUUGAUUUGGUUUUACAGAUUGCUUCAAAUUAUUACUAUCUUUAUGAGUCCAGCAGCAGCAGAUGAUGAUGAUGAUGACCAUGAAGCAUUAGCAGGAAGAGGUAUGCUAAGCAGAACGAUGAUGAUGAUGAUGAGGUCAUCAUCAUCAUCAUCAUCAUCAUCAUCAUCAUGGGGAUGGAACAUUGGGAUGAUGUUCAUGGCGGAGCUAUGGUUCGGCCUCUACUGGAUUCUCACUCUGUCCGCUCGCUGGAACGUCGUCUCCCGUUCUCCCUUCCUCCACACGUUCCUCCGCAGAUAUGGGGAGAAGUUGCCGGCCGUGGACAUAUUCGUGUGCACGGCGGAUCCAAAAAUAGAGCCGGCGACAAUGGUGAUGGGCACGGUUCUGUCGGCGAUGGCCUACAAUUAUCCGCCGGAGAAAUUGAGCGUUUAUGUGUCCGACGAUGGGGCGUCGGACGUAACAUUCUACGCUCUCUUGGAGGCUUCUCGCUUCUCCAAGCACUGGCUCCCCUUCUGCAACAAAUUCGCCGUGGAACCCAGAUCGCCGGCGGCCUACUUCGCCAGAAAUUCCGAUCCUCAUGAACUCACCUUUGCUCAAGAAUGGUUGGGCAUUAAGAAAUUAUACGAAGAAAUGAAUAGUCGGAUCAAAUCGGCGAUGAAAAUGGGCAGCAUUUCAAAAGAAAUAAGAGAUGAACACAGAGGAUUCUCAGAAUGGGAUGGUAUUAUAACAAAGCAAGAUCAUCAGUCAAUUGUGCAGAUAAUUAUUGAUGGAAGAGACAAAAAGGAAGUAGACGAUGAUGGAAGGCGACUACCCACACUAGUGUACGUGGCACGAGAGAAGCGACCUCAAUGGCCUCAUCACUUCAAGGCUGGGGCAAUAAAUGCACUGAUAAGAGUGUCAUCAGAGAUUAGCAAUGGGCCCAUCAUCUUAACCUUGGACUGUGACAUGUACUCCAACAAUUCAACCACAAUACAAGAGGCACUAUGCUUCUUCAUGGAUAAAAACAGAGGCAAGCAGAUAUCUUAUGUGCAGUUCCCCCAAAGUUUUGAGAAUCUCACUCAAAAUGACAUUUACUCAAGUUCAUAUCUAGUUGCUCAAAAGAUUGAAUUUGCUGGGCUCGAUAGACUUGACGUAAUGCUCUAUUGUGGCACUGGAUGUUUUCAUCGUCGAGAAAGUCUAUGCGGAGGAAAGUAUUCUGAGGAUUGUGUACUAGAUUUGAACAGUAUCAAUUAUCAGACUCAUGAUAAAAAUGUGAAAAGAAAUGUUGGUGACUUAGAGGAAGCAUCAAAAGCUCUUAUAAGUUGUAGUUACGAAAUGGGUACGACGUGGGGAAAAGAGAUGGGCUUGGUAUAUGGGUUUUCAGUGGAGGACUUGGUCACAGGCCUGGCAAUUCAAUGCAGGGGAUGGAAGCCAGUCUACUACAACCCAGAGAGGAAGGCCUUCGUGGGGUUGGCCCCAACUACCCUGGCCCAAUCUCUGGUCCAACACAAGAGGUGGGCCGAGGGCCUCUUUCAGAUCUUCUGCUCCAGGUAUUGCCCCUUCUUCUGUGGGCCUGGAAAGAUCAAAUUGGGGGCCCAAAUGGGAUACUGCAUUUACCUCCUAUUCGCCCCCACGUCCUUGCCCACCAUCUAUUAUGUGACCAUCCCUUCUCUUUGCUUGCUCCAUGGCAUUCCCCUCUUCCCUAAGGUUUCAAGCCCAUGGUUUCUACCUUUUGCAUAUGUCGUUGUUGUCAAGAAUGCCGGUAACUUGUGGGAGGUCUUGAGGUGUGGCCAGACACCUAGAGCUUGGUGGAACUCACAAAGGAUGUGUGUGAUAAGAAGAACAACUUCUUUUGCUCUUGCCUUUAUAGACACCCUCGUGAAGCAACUAGGCUUUUCUGAGACGACAUUUGCUAUUACAUCUAAAGUGGUCGAUGAAGAUGCUCUAAAGAGGUACAAGGAAGAGAAGAUAGAGUUUGGGAGCUCCUCUCUUAUGUUCGUUGUUAUAGCUACAUUGGCAUUGUUGAAUCUCUUUAGCUUUGUUGGGGGAGUCAUAAGAGUUUGUGCAGAAAAGGAGUUUAGCACUUUUGAGAAGAUGGUGCCUCAAAUUGUUCUUUGUGGGGCAUUGGUUGGGAUUAACAUACCCAUCUAUGAAGCCCUCUUUGUUCGGAAUGACAAAGGGUGCAUGCCAAUGCUAGUUGUGUUUAAGUCCAUUGUUGUAGCCUCAGUGUUAUGUUUGCUGUUUACUUAUAAUUAAAAAAAUGUAAACUAAACUAUAAGUUCUUAAAA